CAAUGAUCAAACCCGAUGGAUGAAACUGCGCCCCAUUCUGCCAGCGCACCUCAAGAAACCGGAGCCGGAUGUGACAUGAGGUUUGAAAUACAGCUCCAGGACCGCGUUGGAUGCCUAGUUGAUACAGAGAUGAGCGGUGAGAACGUGAAGUUGUUUGUGGGGAACCUUCCUUUAGAUGCAACUCAAGACGAGCUAAACAAGCUCUUUGCUCCAUAUGGAGAGAUCAACACCUGCUCUUUGCUCAGACAGUAUGCCUUCGUUACCCUGAAGGGAGAGGGGGCAGCAGACAGGGCCAUACGACAUCUUGAUGGCAAAGAGUACAGAGGCAGGCCCCUGGUGGUUGAGGAGUCACGUGCUCGCCCACCCAACUCCACUAAAGUGUUUGUGGGGAACCUCGCGGCAACAUGCUCAGCAGACGACCUGCACGGGCUGUUCUCAACCUUCGGAAGAGUUUUAGACUGUGAUAAAGUCAAAGCCAGAUUAUGCUCAAAUGUUGGCUAUGCAUUUGUGCAUAUGGAGCGGAAGGAGGAAGCGCUGGUAGCCAUUGACGCUCUCCAUGGGACCAUGUUCAAGGGCCGUCAGUUGGCCGUAGAGCUGUCCAAAGCCCAACCUUUGAUCAACCAGCUUGCCAUGGCUGGAAACAACUUCGCCGGUGGUGUAGCAGGUGGCAGGGAGGGCCUUCUUCCGCGACCACCUCCAUCACUAGAGCACCAUCAGAGUCAAGCAGCCGUGCUAGCGGCAGCUGCAGCAGCCGCGGCUGGACUCCCCAUACAAGUUCAACAAAGUGUCCAUAACUCAUUCUACAACACCACAUCCUUUGACCCCACCUACGCUGCGUUGAAGGGCAUUACAAGCGCUAAAGGGGCAGAUGGAGUGAUUUACGGUGCCCUUGCCAGCCAGGUAUAUGGAACCGUUGCUGACCAGGUCUACCAAGAUAUGGCCAAUCACAAUUCUGCAGCCGUUGUUGAAGAAGUAGAGCCACAGACCGGACCAGAUCCAACAACGCUUUUUGAGGCAGCAAGAGCCAAGUUCUUUCAGGAGGGACAGAAGGUUCUGGCUGAGCAGCAGGCAGGGAGAAAGGCAGCAUCUGCAGACAGUGAGCGGGACCGCAGCCCAAUCAGAGGAAAUCGAGCCCCCCUCCUACCAGACCCCGUUCCGGGUUCCUUUGCUCAGAUCCGACCUAAGCGGCGAGCCCUGCUGCCAACACCACCUGGAGGACCUGAAGAGCCUCCAGCUGCCACCACCACUCCUGAAGGGUCAGAUCCUGUUGCUAGGUCUUACACAGAGUACUACCAGCAAAUGCAUCAAUACCAACAGUAUCAACAGUACCAGCAACAGUACCAGUACCUCCAGUAUGCCUACACCAAUCCUCCUCCUCCGCCUCCACCUCCACCGGCCACCACACAGGCACAGGCCUCCACCACAGCCACUGCACCCCCAGGGACGUACACGGCGCCCCCAACGUAUGCGGCACCGGGAGCCUAUGCAGCGCCAGGAACGUAUGACACUUCGGGAUGUUACGUCUCAUCAGGGAGCUACAAUGCUUCAUCUGGAAACUACGAGGCCUCGUCAAGAAGCUAUGAUGCAUCUGGAGGCUACGGGGCACCGGGAGCAUAUGAUUCAUCAGGAGCUUACGCAGCAGCGGGAAGCUACUCCACAUCCACACCGUAUGAGCAGACACCCGCACACGGGCAACCCAUGCCCCAGCGCCAUGAUUACCCUUACCACACGCCAGAACCCCCUUAUCGAUAGUCCCACUCCCACACACUCCUUCCACAAAGCAGAUGUGUGUGUGUGUCUGCGCGUGUGUGUGUGUCUGCGCGUGUGUGUGUGUGUGCGCAUGUGUAUUUACAUAAGGGACAGUUUUAAAGGAAAACCAGAGAGGGAGCAAGGUUGAAUGUAAUUCAUCUUAACCUAGUCUCUAGCUUGCCUGCCAGUUGAUGGCUGUGUGUCGUAGUAGGACAACUAAUAUUGGAAUAUUGUCAAGCAUUCAGAGUUUCUGUUAGAUGUUAUGGAGGCCCAGCUGGUUCCUUGUUAAAUGUUAAAGGAGCUCAAUGUUUCCUGGGAUAAAGUUGGAUUUGGAGGCCAGGGUAGGAUCUCAUAAGAGAAGCCUUUUGUUUGUACUGAAUCAAGGCCUUUUAUAUACUCAACAUAAAAAUGUGCACCAAAUACGGGUUUCCUGGAAAAACUGUUUAAGAAAAAUAAGCAGUCCAAAACAAACUGAUAAAUUAUUAAAUAACUAUUAAAAAAAAAAUCCAUCUGGCUCCUUAACAAGAUGCAUUAAACUUGCUGCCUUCUUUAAUAAACACAUCUUUUAGAGAUCCAUAUGUCUCCAUGAUAACAAUUGUUAAUAUUAAAAUGUCCUCUAAACGCACACACUAUUGUUGGCGUAGGAGAACCCUGUGCGGAGUAUGUAACCGGCCUCUGUUUAAAUUCUGCGUGACCCCUUUUGUAAUAGCCAGUCUGUUUGUCCAGACAUUUAACUGCCUGAUUGGUGAUACACGUCGACAAGAAGUGAAAGCAGAACUGAAUUGAAAUGGAGCGGUGCAUCAGCUAGGUUUUUGUUGCCUUUACUGAAUAAUCUUCUUUUUCUAAAGAUCGCGAAUGUUUGUUCAUUGACCAGCUUGUCAAUUGUUUGAGGCUGGUUUCACUGAGCUGGUCAGCAAUUCCCACUCAGAAGUGAUGAUGUAUUUUGGUCAUGGAAAUCUUUGAUAUUUAAAAAAAUCUCAAAUCAGCUUUUUGAAAUUGACGUUUAGAAAGUCAAUUAGAUUCUUUUGUAACCCAAUUUAACGCUGGGUGUUUUUGUGAUCGCAUUUUGCAUGCCGGCAUUAAAAGUUUUCUUGGGGUUAUCCAUUUUCAGGGUGUCAAGAGUGACUACAGAGUAAAUGUGUAGUCCACACAGACCUUCCUGUUUAAUUGGGAGGGGUCGCAUUAACUUAAUAUAGAUAUCACCAGUCUGAUCCCGCGUGCUUGAAGUUUCGUAGUUCGAGGGAUAGCCAAGUGUGAACAUGGCUUUGAUAACGACAGGAAAAUAAUACAGUCUGAUUAAACAUUUUCAGCGAUUAAAUUGUAGUACAUGACCUGGAUGUCUUCUUGAAGCCUUUUCCAUAUUUGACCUGUCUUGUGUUUUCUUUCUUAGCCCAGGCUCUUUGUGUUUCUCGAGGCCUACGCAAACUCAGGGGUUAAAUAUAUCCUGUCAAGAGUUUUGGUUCAAGUCGGUGUUUGCCUCUGAAACGUUAGAACAAAAUCUUUAAGUCAUUUUAUCAUUCCCAUUUUUCUUUUUCAGUUUUGUGUAAAAUUGCGAUCAGAGCAUAUGUGAAAAGAAAGUUGAAUGCAUCCACGUGUUUCUCCCAUUUUUGGUCAUACUUAGUUGAACCCAGAAUUUGGAUGUUUUUUUGUUUUUGUUUUUUAGACUGAAGAAAAUGAGUUUUUGUUCUUUUGUUGUUUUUGUCAAGAUUUUUAAAUUUAUAAAAGCCAGAAGAAUGGCAGCAAGUUUUGUUUGGCCAAUGACGUUGAAAGAAUCUGAGCAUUAUCGGUGCUGUAAAUUUUGAAUUGGUUUUUGACACUUUCUAUUAUUGGCUUUUGUUCCAGUCUCAUCAGCAGCUGUUCUGCCUCUGCCCACAUUGGAAACUAUUGGGGGAUUUAAAGGGAGAGUUGAACUAGUUUUCAAAACAGGAAAUGUACAAUUUCCUACUCAUGUAAAUACUUUAAACCUUAUUUUAGGCUGAAAAAGUAAUGCCAACCAACAUUUGGUUGAGUGGUAAGAAUAUUGACUGUUAAUAUUAGAUGUAAUGAUUGUAUUUCUUCCUAAACAGUUGAAGAUAGUAUAUAGACGAGAUGAAGUAGGACAGUUGAGUUGUAUCGGUCUGUUUAAAAAAAGAAAUAAAAAGAGGCAACCCUCAAGAAUGACGGUAAUCCGAUUACGGUCAUGCUUGUAAAAAUAAGACAUUGCAUAUGAUUUGAAGGGCAGAUUCUAAAAAUGGGAGAAAACGGUAAUCACAAUUGGAGCCUAGAGCAGGUAGAAGUGUAUACUUUUUUUUUCUAAAUGCAGUGCAGUGGCGUGUUGCUGAUGUGUGUAGCGUACGGUUGUUGACUGAGUGGAUACGAGGUGAUAGUCUUGGUUCUGCAGGUGAAUAUGAGGGUUGUUUUGGAUUUAGUAAAGGCCGCUGAUUUUCCCGAGCAGCAGCCAGAAGGGUCGAUGAUCUUUCCUUUUCCCACUUCUGAUCUUACCAGAAACACACACCUAAUUUUGACACUAGCAUUACUGGCUUUCUCUGCAUUCAUAUCACACCUAGACAGCUCCACAUGUGUAUCUAGAUGUAUUGUUGCAUUUUACUCAUGUAAAGCAGGCUACAUGUGCAAAUGAUACUAAUGCACACCUGAUUUUAUAUGACUUAACAGUAGUUGUUCCGUUCGUGAUUGUAAAACACACUAGUUGUACCACUCAUCUUAUUUCUUAUACGCCACCUGAGUUGGUAGUGCUGUGUUAGGUUUAAGUCACACAUAGCCUCUCUAAAUUUCCACAUUAUUCCACCUUCUCCAUGUGAACUGUUAGUUGCAUGCCUUGUUGUUGCUGCUGCUCCAGCCACCUUCUUCCUCUUGCUGAUUAUUGCAGCUAGAGUGGGAGGGAGCCAAACUGAGCCCUUGCCCUGGACGUACGCCACACGCAGCUGUAGCGUGGGAUGGGGAUAACAGCAGCGUUAGGCCUGAAACUGCUGUGGACGAUGGGGUGUCUCCCCCACUAAGGUAAACACUCAGACCACACACUCCUGCCCCUCCCUGAAAACACAUGUACACACUCACAAACAUACAGAUACACAUAUAUGCAUACUUCCUAUUCCUUACCUGUGUUCAGGGAGUUUUAUUUGUCAGGAUUUCAUUCAUUUUUUUGGAAAUGGAUCUCUCAUCCUUUUUUAUUGGGAGAUUACCUUUUUUCCCUGCUUUUGAUUUUCCUGAUCAUAUCUUCCCCACCCCCCCAAGAAUACUCUGCUCAUACAUUCCUGCUCCCAACAAACUGACCACUCACACACACACCAGAUUUGGAGGAUCGUGUACCGUCUUUUAGUCUAAAUCUGAACCUUUUCUGAAGCAGGCAUGUUUUUAGUACAUCCCGUAUCUAACAGCCUGUCAUUCAAGAGUACCAGGCAAUCAGCCAGAACUGGACGUGGGACAUUUAGAUGGGAUGGGUUGUUUUAGUUUUUGUAAAUGCGCCCCUGGGGCCACUUCGGGGUUAAGUGCCUUGCGUAAGAGCACAUAGGUAGGCCCUUCAUUUGAGAGUUGAAUAACCUGGCUCAGGAUCGGUUGCUGGUUCAACGCUCGACUCCCCCUCUCCCCUAAAACGACGAUUUUUGAUGCCGCAUUGAACUUGUAUGAAUGACAAUGAACACAAAUAUUAUCAUUUUGUUUUAAAUUACAUUUUGUCCUAUGUUCUUUGACUUGUUUAAUUAUCAAUAAAUGACUUUGAACUGAA